CGCGUGUGAGAUCCAACAUGGCGGACGAAAUAGCAUGAAAAAUCGAUUUCAUUUAAGUUUUCUUUUGACUUUUGGGUAGUUGAGUCGACAUAAUGAAAUCGAGAUUCACGACCGUCGAUAUUUGUGCGAUAAUAACAGAGCUAAGAGAAAGGUGAGCCGAGCAGGAAAAACAUGUCUUUCUCCCGAUCUAUUUAAGCCUAUAAAGUGGGUGUAAGCUUAAUUUUGUCUUACUUAACUGAUGUUUCUGUAGCCUCCUUGGAAUGAGAGUGGCCAAUGUGUAUGACAUAGAUAACAAGACCUACCUCAUCAGAUUAGGAAAGUAAGUUCUCUGUUAUUAAUAUGUAGUUUAUGCAGGAGUCAAUUUUAACUUUAAACUAAGUCUUUGAGAACAACUGUACUUACAUAACUAUUAAGGCACAGUUAGUCGAGGAACCCUCUACUAACUAUGAUUCAUGUGAACAGAGAUGCCAACAACAGGAAAUCUAAAAACAUAAACUCUCUCUUUUGCAGUACCCCCCCCCCCAUGCCUCUAUUGGCAAAACAAAACAUGCAAGCUAAAGAGGUCUAUUUCUAGCAUCCUUACUGUUUGAACCAAUUAGGUGCUGUAGAAGAUAACUGACUAUAAAAAUGCUUUCAACCCUUGUAGGACUGACACAAAAGUCAUGUUGUUGAUUGAGUCUGGUAACAGGAUUAAUACAACGGACUUUGAGUGGCCAAAAAAUAUGAUGCCAUCUGGAUUUUCAAUGAAGGUAAAAUGUGGCAGAAUAUCUCUUGUACAGUUGACACCCACACAGUAAAGUGUGUUCACUUUAGUUCGACUGAUACUACAAACUACAUAAUGAAACAUGUAAGAAUAAUAUUAUAUGUUUGUAAUGAAAUAUGGAAUUCAAACUCAUUUCCAAACUUCAUCAAGUGAUGAGAUUGAUUUACUAAGCUGGGCUUAUUAGCUUUGCAGAUCAAUGCUGUCACUUGAUGAAUACUAGCAGUAGGAAUUUGAAAAAUUCUGAUGCAAACAAGUUGAAAACAAUAAAUAAACCUACCAUACACAUGAAUACAUCAAGUAUCAGUCAUUAGACAACAAAACUUUCAAAGCCAGUCUCCAAGGCUUAACUUCCUGAAUAUCUUCCUGUCUGCACAACUUUAUUAUUCUAUGAUUUUUUUUCAGUGCCGCAAGCAUAUCCGUUCUCGUCGCCUUGUGAACAUUACUCAGCUGGGUAUUGAUCGGAUUGUGGAUUUACAGUUUGGUUCAGAUGAAGCUGCCUAUCAUUUGAUUGUUGAACUUUAUGACAGGGUAAGAAUUUGCCUUAAAGCCUGUGGUAUUGUAUUAUUUUAUUCUAUGUGAAGUCAUCUUGAUACAUGCAAGUUGUUUCAAUAAAAACUAAUAAUUAUAAUAAGCAGUGAAACUGCAUGACAAUUUCGAUCACUGAAGUAUAAGUCACUUAUAUAGAAGUGCGUGAACAAGAAAAAACACAUGGCAUGAACGUUCCUCAGUCUAUAAACCAACUACAAAAAAUUAUUUACACCUUGAUUGAAUUAACUUGAAAACGGCCGGUAAGUAUUCAGUACAUAAAUGUCUUUGAAAUAAAGAAACUCUCACGCUUCUAAUCACCUUUUCUGUGCACAUAUGUGCAUUCCAGGGAAAUGUCGUGCUUACUGAUUUUGAAUACACCAUUCUGAGCCUCCUACGAACAAGAACAGAUACAGAGGAUGUACGAUUUGCAGUGCGUGAAAAAUAUCCAAUUCAUUCUGCUAGACAAAGAGAACCAAUGAUGAGUCAAGAAAGGUACAGUACAAUAAGAUUGGCAGCUAAAUUUUAGCACCAUGUCAGUCAAGACCGUCCUGUAUUUCAGUAUAUAAUUCAACAAACGUUUCUUUUGCAUUGUCUUCCUUGAUCUUCAUUGAGACCCUGAGUUCAUUUAUAAAACAACUUUAUAUGAAGGUUACCAGCUUGACGUCGGUUCUCAAAUUUUUCUGUCCUUGCCAAUAAGUAACCUGGGAUCAGUCAUUACACUUCUUCACUUAUUCUAAGAACCUCUGAUCACAGGUUAGCUAAUAAGUGGAUAUACACCGUAUGUGUAACAGUUAAAUGUUUUUAUUGGCUACAAGAUUAUGAUUUAUGUUAUUUCAUUUUCAUGUGGUUCCUUGAUUGUAUCUCAUUCAAUGCAAUCAAUAAUUAUUAUAAUUAUUAGUUUUAUCAAUAAUUUCGUUAUGAUUUUAGACUUGCUGAAAUAUUAGCAGAAAGUAAGGAAGGCACUGAGUUAAAGAAGAUUUUAAAUCCACAUUUUGGUAAGUAAAAUAUCAAAAUGUAAAUAAGAAAAAAAUUGAUUGCAAAUAUUCUGGAUUUUUUUCUAAUAGACAAACAUUAAACCAAGUGUAAUUGUCUGUGUGUUGGUCGCGUAUCUCUGAGCUGUACGUACUGUAUCUCAUGUACUGUUCUAUAGUAAAAAUUUCUUGCUACUCAGGAAGUAUCUCUGUUGCAGGUCAUAGGUUGAUUCUCAAUUUGCUUUGUUAAGACCUAAUUAUUCAUGAAUUAGUGCUAGAGGACAAAAGAAAUUGAGAAUCAACCUACAGUAGGUUAAAAAAUUUUAACCUGAAUUUAAUUCUACCUGUAACAUCUCUUCAUGUGAUAGUUGUUACAAUGUGUCAAUCAAACUUCAAUUAAGCUUAUCGCAUGUACAAUGUAUCAUGUUUGUUCAUUAACAGUUCUAGAGUUGAUUAAAGUGAAUUCAGUUUUGAGCUUAUGUGGAGAUCUUUGUUCAAGCUUGACACAUAUUGAAACAACAUUCCAUUAAAAUAGUAAUAAUACUAAUAAUAAUUCAAUAGUUUGUCUCUUCUUGAAUUCACAGUUUAUGGUGCUGCUCUCAUAGAGCAUUGUCUCAUAGAAGAAGGAUUCCCAGGAAAUGUCAAGACCGGAGCUGGAUUUGACAUUGACCAUGGUACUGCAACUUCACCAUUAAUAUAUAAUUAUUUCACUAUUUGUGAUAUUUACUGGUUAUUAUAAUAAUUAUUAUUCUAUUUGUAACAUUUUUAUGAUUGUGACCUUAGUCUUGCAAAAAUUCCAUUAUACAUUAUAUUAACUAACUUGUUUCAUGUCAUUACAUGAUUUUGAAAGUUCUUGUCACUUUUACUUCAAAAACAGUUGAAACGUUUCCAUUUUAACGAAGUUGAGACACAGGUUUUUUCUUAAAUACGAUGAAAAAAUUCUGUACAAUUACAACUAUGUGGAUUUUCCUUUAUGCAUAGAAAGUGCAGAAAAUGGAUCCUGUCACGGAGUUUACGUGUACAUACAUGUAUUACUUAUUAACUGAGAGUGAGUAUUGAUGUAUUGACCUCGCUUGGUCAAUACAUCAAGGCCUCAGUCUGAGAUUUCCCUGUAAUGUGUAGUUCCAGAAAAUAUCCAGACCCCCACCACGGAGGGAAUUUCACUAAGGACCCCCCCACCUCCCUGGAUUUUCCAUUUUUGCAGGGGAACUGAUGACCCCCCACCCCCUCGGAAUUUCCACAAGUGUGACAAAGACCCCCCAACCCCUCUGGAAAAGUUCAUUUUCACGAAGAAAGACUAUUAAAGUAGAAGAAUGAGGCAAUUUAUGGUUAGUACGCAACGGUUUCCAUCAGAGGCUAGUAUACUUCUGUUUCCAUUUAUUUGAGUGAUCUCGCAACAUUAAAACACACUACACCACCACAAAGUAAUCUGAUCCACAAUUUUUGCUCAUCUCUUACUUUAAAUGAAACAGAGAAAGUUAAUAAGUCGGUUACAUUUGUCAAUUUACCUUAAUCAGGGCAAGCUUACGAUUUGUUAUUCGUCUUCAUGGGCGUAAUGUUGAUAAAAUUAACGCCAUUUCGUGCGGGAAUGCAGAACAAGUCAAACUUACGACCACAAAAUUAAUGCAAAACAAAGAGAAGAAUAAAAACUCUGAACUCUGAAAUGAUAACAAUGAAUACCUCCUGCAUCUUGAAGGGAAACCAAGUUCAAUUUACUGUUUUUCGAUCGACUGAUGCGACAUGAUGCGCGAUGGCCGUAUAAAUGUUUUGUGAAAUCGACAGCAUUUCAGCGAGGAUCCGAUCAUAAACAUGCCACACCUUCAACCACAAAAUUAAGGGAAAACGAAAAGAAGAAUAAAAACUCUACUUUCUAAAAUGGUUACAAUGUAUAGCUUGUGCUUCGUGAGGCAAAAUUGCAACUCUACUAUUCGAUCGACUGACGCAACGUGAUGUGUUGCACGUGUUGAUGUUUUGAGGGAGACUGGUAACGAGUAAUGGCGGCCGAAUACACGAGCAUGCGAUAAAACGAGUUGUAGUCGGUUUAAUUCCUUUGAAAUUACACCCAAAACGCUUUUGGAAGAAAGGAAACCUGGUUAAGGUCAAAAGGAACAAUCUUAAGUGAUAUAUGACCAAAUGGACAAGGUUAAUAAGUUAUUUAUUAAAUGGCCUUUUUAUUAUGGACCUGAGCCUGCAAUCAAUUAAAACAAACAACUGGCCAGCAGAUAACUUUAAAAAAAACACAUCGCCUCAAUGAGUUUUACUUUUGACCUGUGAUACCACAGGCGGCCCAGACGUAGUAUGUGUCGCUGAAUGAAUAUAUUAAUAUUCACAUGGACAAAUUAAUGCGAUGAGUCGUCGAAACUCCAAUGAACUAAAAUAGUCCAAAAAUCAAAAUAUAACAAAAUAAAGCUAAGAUACCUUUAACUGAAUGUAUCCUUGUCUUUCCUGGCCGGUUAAAGUGGCAUUUUGUUGAGUUUUGCAAUUGUAGGUACUAUCCACUAAAGAAGAAUUAAAGGCUGGCUACAAAACAAAUGGACCAUCUCCACGUGCCUUCACGCGAAGCGCUAUAAAUUCGAGAAUAAUCGACGAAUCCGCUCCAAAUUGCCAGCGGCUAGUCUGCAGGUAUCGUGUGCUCCGGUUCCUUGCUCGCUUGCUCCACAAAACCCAUUGCAACUGCACAAUAAUUGCUCGCUCAUCAACAACCACUGUUGACCUUUACGCUUCGAUAUGACCACAAACUACCAGGUAUAAUACGCGACGUGAGUAUUCAAGCUUAGCGACCGCGUUCGCGCAACAAUGCAGCACUUGCUAUGGGAGGGAUGGUACUAUUGCUUCUAGGUCAAUCGACACUGACCGAAGGUUCGCUGCGUUAGUUUUGACCAGAAAACAAAGGCGAUCGCGCGACCAUCCGUAAGUUUUCAACAGGGCGGCCCUGGUUUUCAAGUUCGAAUUCUUCUAACGUUCGCUGUCACAGCCGCUGUCACAUUGUUCGUCCAGCCGCUUACAUAGGUUCUUGACUCUUCUAGACCUAUUUGCUUCGAUUAAUUAAAUAAACAGUUCUUUCCAGAACAAUGUCUUACUCCACAAUAUGUUGUCCAAACUGGUGAAAGAGGACGAGAAUUUUCCGCCCAGGAAAAAGGCAAAAUCUGGCCUCGGCUAUGCAGCUGAAUAGAAUAUACAGCUGAAAAUAUCGUAAAGUAAAAUUUAUGUGCGCGAUAUCUUUUUUUAUUAUUAUUAUUCUCAAAACUCAGGGGCACCCAACGAUGAUUUCCCCCUAAAUGCAUUGAAAACACAUUUUAAGGCUGUCCAGAGUACUUUCGAUCUAAAGAUGCAUUCUAAACAGCGCUUACAUAAAUUUAGUCAGGAGGGCUAAAAGCGAAGCUAAUGAUUUAUAGUUUGCUCAUACUAAAUAUAAAAUAUCUCGUGUAAUGCUAAGCGGAGAAGGCAACGAGACAGCGGCACCCGACGACUGUUUCCUCAAAUACUUUGAAAACACUUUUGUAGCUAUUCAUAAAGCACUUUUAGCUCUAUAGAAAUGCAUUCUAAGUGGCACUGUAAAAUUUGUAUCUCAGUGUUCCGCCAUUCUAGAGAAACUUGAGUCUUUUCGAAAUUACGAGGAAUUCAGAAUUAUUUUCCCGAAAAUUUUAGAUGUAAUUUAACGUAUUACAAAGGAGAUGAUUUUUCAGAUUCCUUCUUUCAUCACAUUUUUGAAUCCGAAAAUUUUAGGAUUCCUUUUUACUCUCUACAAAAAAUAUCCUAACCCGGUGAGUGAAAUGUGAAAAAUUAAACGCUGGAUGCUCUUGACCAGAUCUGUGAAAAGGUCUAAUUGCAGCACACUUUCUUGUACAUUUCCUUGCCGUUGAUUUGCAUGACUGCAACGUGAAACGUCCAGAAAACUUCCUAGUUUUCACUUUUUGUGGAGGAAAUGUGGUAUAUGUUCUUGUUCACUAUUUCCGCUGCCGCUCAUUUUUUUUAGCUCCACUAUAUCUGUUCGGUGAUCCUACGGCAAAUCCUUCGGUGAUCUGUUCGGUGAUCCUAUGGCAAAUUGGAUCUUUUUAAAAAUUACAAGCGCUUCAAUAUUAUUUUCCCGAUUGAUUGACUUAGAAGCAAUAGUACCAUCCCUCCCAUAGCAAUUGCUGCAUUAUUGCGCGAACGCGGUCACUAAGCUUGAAUAUUCACGUCGCGUAUUAUACCUGGUAGUUUGCUGUCAUAUCGAAGCGUAAAGGUCAACAUUGGUUGUUGAUGAGCGAGCAAUUAUUACGCAGUUGCGAUGGGUUUCGUGGAGCCAGCGAGCAAGAAGCAGGGGCACACGUUACCUGCAGAUUAGCCGAUGGCAAUUUGGAGCGGAUUCGUCGAUUAUUUAUUCUCGAAUUUAUAGCGCUUCGUGUGAAAGCGCGUGGAGAUGGUUUGUUUGUUUUGUAGCCAGCCUUUAAUUCUUCUUUAGUGGAUAGUUCCUACAAUUGCAAAACUCGACAAAAUGCCACUUUAACCGGCCAGGAAAGACAAGGAUACGUUCAGUUAAAGGUAUCUUAGCUUUAUUUUGUUAUAUUUUGAUUUUUGGACUAUUUUAGUUCAUUGGAGUUUCGACGACUCAUCGCAUUAAUUUGUCCAUGUAAAUAUUAAUAUAUCCAUUCAGUGACACAUACUAUGUCUGGGCCGCCUGUGGUGAUACAGUCAGUUGACACUAGUCAGUGGCUGCCCUUUUUGACAGCUGGCAAUUGACCAUAACAUGGAUGUCGAUAACGAUGUCCACGAUCAAGUUAAACAUAGAUGGUAUAUGCCUUGGACAUCUAGCACAAGUUAUGCCAGGUCAUUACAAGAAAAUAAUGCUUGGUCAUUACAAGAAAACAGCCAAUCAGAUUGCGCACACUGUUGUAGCCAUACGUGCAUGCAUAAUAAAUUGAAAUAAUAACACAUUAGAGAAUUUUUUUUGUUGUGGCUAUGUAGACCUUCCCAGGGUCAUGGCAGCACUGAAGAGAGCAGACGGUUUUCUGGACAUUGCCCUUACAGAAAAAUGCAAGGUACAACAGGUCUAUGAGUUUGAGUGCUCACAAAAAUGGUUAAUUUUUUAAUACAAAAUAAUCCACUUGGAGGUUACUAGUGAAGAUCUUAAUAAUAAUUAGCUAAUAAUUAGCACAUUCAGUGUAAGUCGUCUUUCCCUGAGUAGAAUUGUUGGAAUAACAAUUGGCACAAACAGAUUGUAAGUUGCCAUCAUGAUAACACAUCCUCUGUACAUGUAGGUAACCCAGGAUCAUUGUUAGUUAGGUUUCAAACCACUCUUCCCGAAGUUUGUCUGCCUCUGUUUUACAAAAAUGAAAAUAGAAUCUGUAUCAAAAUUUUGCUUUUUUGUUGAUUGUUUCACUUUUAAUGUAGGGUGUUAUAGUUCAAAAAAGAGAAAAGAAGCCUUCCAGCAUGGCGACUGACAAAGGCACACAAGAUGAGCUGUUAACGUAUGUUCCCUUGAAUCAUCACCUGACUGUAUAAGUAGUGUUAGCUGUCAAUCAUAUAGAUAAUGUGAGCAUAGAUUAUAUUGCAGCCAAGAGCUGACAGACUUUCAAUCACAAACUGUAUGUUUUUUUUUUUUCGCAGCUGAAAAACUUUAGGAUGGGUUAACCAUUUAGACCCUAAUAUCAGCUUGCCUAAUUGCCACUCUAAUAUUCUUAUGAGGGAAAUGUAUUUAUAAACCUUUAAAGUUUUUGGUAAUCUUUUUUUUCUCAAGAUAUUAUUUUUUAUUUGAUGUGCAGUGUUAGUUAAUUAAUCAAUUUCUUGACACAUGGGUGAAACGUUUGUGUACAUUAUUGAAGUACAAGUUUAGAGAAUCAAUAAGGUCGUGAGAUUCUGUAACAUAAUGGCUAUUUUUACAGGGAAAAGUAAGACGCAGCUUACAUAAGACAUGUCUUAAAUAAGACACAAACUGUGCUAUUUAUACCGUCCAGCAUAGUCUUUGCUGAGUCACAUCUUCUUUCAGACAUGAAAACAUGUCUUUUUCCUCUAAUAAAUGGCCCCAAUCGUUUCUAAAAUUGAGAAACUUACCAGUAAGUGAAUAACGUCUUUCAUUUUUUGUUGUUUGUUUUUUUUGUGUACAUAGGUAUCAAGAAUUUUACCCAUUUUUACUAGAACAACACAAGAAAGGCCCAUACAUAGAGUUUCCAUCCUUUGACAAGGUACAAUGUAGUUUAUAAAUAAAAUUCCUGUAUGCAUGCACUAUGCUACACUGUAGGUACUGUGGUUUUUGGUGAGGCCAGAUUUGGCCUAUAGUUGGUGUGAGGGAAAGAUAAAACCCCAGCACUCACUAGGAAAGACAAGUGGAAAUAAUGUCCACAAAUAAAUAAUAUUAUGGAACUGCAAAUGCAUCUUCCAUGUAUCAUGAUUGAGGUAUUUUAAAGAUAUCUUGACGGCAAAAUUCAGAAAGUAAUAAUAAUAUUAUGACUAGACAUUUUAAAAUUGUGAUGAGUUUGUCAGUAUGUUAUGUGUAUAGGCUGUGGAUGAGUUUUUCUCAAAGAUGGAAGGACAAAAGAUUGACUUAAAGGCACUGUCCCAAGAAAAAAUGGCACUUAAAAAAGUAGAAAAUGUUGGGAAUGAUCAUCAGAGAAGAAUUGAGCAGUUACAAAAGAAUCAGGUUAGUUUUCAGCUUUUAAACUUGAUUUUGUUAUCUAUAAUAAUUGUUAUAUCUAGCAACUCAAACUGGAUAUAAAAUGUUAUUGCCAAAUUUUGUGCGUCUAUGAUUCUGUAAAACUGCUCAGUGACCCCUCCCUAAUCCAAAAUUUGCUGGAAGUGAGAAGUAAGUGUUGAUAUUGUGUUAGGGGAGGGGUAAGUCAAAGUGAGAGGUUUGCUGUUUUACCAGAAGUGAAAUAAUGACUUCUAAAAGAGACAAAAGUCAGGGACUCCAAUUUCCUUGCCAGUUAUAUUGUACAGUUGUACAGGCACUAAAAGAGCUAGUGGGAAAGACAUAACUUAGAGAUAGCCAUUACGAUUUUUUUUCCAUCUCGGCUCCAAAAAACAGAAAAAAAUAAAAAGAAGGGUGGGGUCUAAGAUGAUCAUUUUAGUGUUCAGACAUUGAGAAUUUUUCUGUACUGAUGUCUUUGUGACUAACUUGUUCCAGGAUCUUGAUAUGCUUAAAGCUGAGCUGGUGGAGCUGAAUUUGGAACUGGUAAGCUGUUAAAAGAGCUUUGCCGCAUAAUUUUACAGGAAUUCAACUUUUAAUGUUACUGUGAUGCGCGCUGGCUCGGUGAUGUAAAGGAAUGUACCCUGUGCAGGGGAUGGCAAAGAAAUCUACCAAAAGUCGCAUACAGCGUUGUUGUUUUUGAUGAAGAAGCUAACUUUCGGUUGACGUUGCUGCUUUUCUCAUUGUUGUUUUUGUUAAUUAGGCUUUAUAACACGGCCAAAAAUUCAGAGUGUACGAACUUGUACAUGUAUCGACACAAUAUUGAGAAAGACUUAAAAACUGUGCAAAUUGCCAGCGAGUGUAUCUUAAGUUUUGACUUUUAAUUAUAACGCUUGCAAUCUUACAAUUAGUAAUUUUUGGACACGAGACUUUGAUGUUGUUAUUUAUGUUUAUAUAUGUAUGUUUCUUCGCUAAGUUAAGUCUUCAAUAGACAAUAAUAAUUGACUAGACUGCUACUACACAAAUAAUAAUUAAAAUAAUUAUUGUAUUUAAGAAAUUUAUGCCCUAACUGCAAAGUAACCUACCGGUUUCAACUUUUUUAAUCUCUAGGUUGAUAAGGCCAUCUUGAUUGUUAAUAGCGCCAUUGCCAAUCAAAUUGACUGGUCCGAAAUCAACAGUAUUGUUAAAGAGGCCCAGGCACAGUGUGACCAGGUGGCCUGUGCAAUUGGAGGACUAAAGCUGGAAACCAACCAUAUCACCAUGAAUCUCAGGUCUGAUAUCUGUUUUAUUUGAAUGCAGCUCUAGACCACGUCCAUACGAAUCUGCAUAGUUAUGACACCACAUAUUUUUUUACACAACUCGGCCCUCUGUCUGAAGGAAACUAGUUUGGUUUAAGGCUCCAUCCAGUUGAAUCUGAGUAAAAAUAUCCCCAGUUUGAAAAAUUUCCAGAUUCGUGUGGACAAGGCUUUAGUUUAGUCAUCUUAUGCCAAGUGUAGCUUCUUUAUUUAUCAUGAAGUAUAAUUGUGAACGGUUUGAACCCAGGAGUCUUUUCAAAGUAGGUUGAGUUUGAUCGUCCUGGUGAACGUAGUCCUGAAUAGGACUGUUGUUGUUGACAGUGACUGACGUUUCGACAACCUGUGCGGUAGUCAUCUUCAAAGUCAAAGUGAGUUGUAUCACGUCAGUUGAUGGUAUUAUACUCUGGUUAUUGAUCUGAUUGGUCAAUUACUUCGCGAUGUUUUUGGUCAUCUGUUAGUUAAGCCGUGAUGUUAUUGGCUAUGAAGACUCAUAAUCAGUAAUUGGUGCGUUUCGAUCCCUCUAUUGUCACAGUUAAACAGUCGUCUAUUGUUAGUCAAAUUGUCAGUUCUCCAGUCGUUCUCUCGUAGUUAGUUUUGCUCGAUCUCGUCAAUAAGUCGUAUAUUCUCGGAAUGAAGAGGACUGAGUGAGGUAUUGGUAAUCCCUUGUUAGUUUCCCAAUUCUGAUUUUGAUGUGGGAGAAACAAACCAUAUCACCGCCAUACCUACAGCGUUAUCAGAUUGGCAUUUUGUUAAAGUAUGGGCCCUUUGCAAGAAACGGUCACAUGGAACAAAAACACCUUACUAGAUGGCAAACGACGCAGUGGGCAAGAACAUCAUCCAAAAACCUAACAUCCUUUCCUUUCAAACUCCCAUUGCGUUGCUUGCCAUCCAUCAAGGUGGUUUGUUUUGCACCGUGUGACCGUUUCGUGUAAAGAGCCCAUUCUUCCGAAAGGUUUUUCUCCGGAUACUCUGGGUUUCCCCCCUCCUAAAAGACCAGCAUUUCCAAAUUCCAAUGCGACAAGGAAUCAGGUAGACGAAGAAACACUUUGUGGAUGUGCUACGUCCAAAUCAUUAUUUAUUUAUUUAUUUAUUUUUAAUAUACCUUCUGUCUGCAUUCUAAACAGAAAUCCUUAUGAUUUUUCCGAUUCUGAUUCCGACUUUGAUGAGGAAGAAGACGACAAGAAAACCAAAAAGAAAAAGAAGAAAAAGGUAAGCCGACGAGAUGGUUUCGGGUGUUGUUUUCGUUUUUUUCCCCCGUUUUUUUUUUAAUAUUGAUCUUAGAAAAAUCCGCAACGUCAAGAUCACAACGGUAAGGUUUUUCAUUCAUUGAGGUACUUCAUAAGACCUAAGUUGUUUUUUGUUUAGACCUAGACAAAUAGCAAAACCGAAAAUCUUGUCUCAUCUCAUCGUUUGCUGGAUCUGUUCGUUUUAUCUCUGCGUUGUUUUUGUUAUAAAAGUAACGCAGCACAGUGUUCCUUUUCUUUUUCACUCAGGGCCCCAAGUUUACCAAGGUCGAUAUUAACCUUGCUUUAUCAGCAUACGCUAACGCACGAAGGUAAGAUGGUUCAUUAAAAAGACAGCACGGCGUGAAAUGGAAACAGGAUUUACAUAUAGUCUAACACGAAUUAAUUCUUUUCACUGUCUAUUCUUCCUAGCGAUCGGCUGAUGAUGGCAUUUUCUGAUUUUUAUUCGUUUAAUCUUCGUUAUUCUCUCCCUUAUUUUUAUUCACUUAGUUUUUAUGACAAGAAAAAGUUCUCUUCCAAAAAAGAACAAAAGACGAUAGACGCAUCAGAAAAGGUUAGUUUUCUAACAGACUGUAAAAACACUUGAAGAACUAGUGUUCUAUAUUGCUUCUUGUUCGCUCUUCGACACGCUUUCAGAAGGAGAGAUGAUAUAUAAUACAUAUGUGACAGAUAACUUUGGUGAAACGGCCAGUCACCUUUCGUAUUUCAUUCGUUAGUUUUUUCCUUAGGAUAUCUGCAUUCUGAUAAUAACUGACGUGAACGCCUCGCUCGAUGUAUCGUUGACAUCUUUGUUCCGUCUUUUGAGAUGCUUUUUCCUUUGUUUGUAGGCCUUGAAAUCAGCGGAACGAAAAACUAAAGAAACGCUUAAAGAAGUGGAAACAACGACUAGAAUAAAGAAAGCAAGGAAGACCUACUGGUUUGAAAAGUUCUUCUGGUUUAUCAGUUCAGAAAAUUACCUAAUUAUCGGCGGCCGCGAUCAGCAACAAAAUGAGCUGGUAGUGAAAAGACACUUGGAACAAGGUAAUGUGUUUUUCUAGCAGUGGAAAGGAAGGGUAAUCAGCAUCAAAUUUCUCCUGGUUGUAUCAAUACUUUAUAAAACGGAAGGCAUGGCUACGAGAAUUAAGCGGGUGAUCACCCAAGUAAACUGAUUUAAUUGACCUUAAGACCGCCAUUUGCACAUCUCCCAUAAUACAACCUGUCUGCCCCCCAAAACUUUGGGUAACCUUUGUUUUUGGUUUCUCCUGGGUAUUACAGUUGUCCCCCGAGAAACAAAAGACAAAGCUUGUGCAAAAUUUUUGAGAGCAAACAAGGUGCAGUGUGGGAGAUGUGCAAAUGAAGAAUUGUAUGGAGACUACAAAUGAGAAUUUACAUUUCGAUAAUGGGAUUUAAACGGUUAAUGAUAAUAACAGGUGAGAUGUUGGUCUUCUUACGAACGUGGUAAGUGGGACCAUGCUUAGUUUUCGAUUGUGUUCGACCCUUAAAGACUUUGCGGUACCGAUCGGGUGCCGUUACCACUGAACAACUGAGAUACUUUAAAAGUAGGUUGAGUUUGAUUGUCCGGGUGAACGUCCUAUUCAGGACUACGUUCACCCGGACGAUCAAACUCAACCUACUUUUGAAAUGACUCCUGGGUUCAAACCUUUCACUGAGAUACUUUAAUGCAGCGAGGUACAGCUAUAGACUAUUUACUCUGUUUGAACAUGUAUGUGACAGGCAUUCUGCGUGAUGUUACGAUGAGAAGGGCGGGGGGGCAGGAAGUGGGGGCUUGGUAAGCAAACGAGAAUGAUUCUAGGUGUCCCAUAGACUUGCCUACAAGUCGAGCUCAAUUUUUUUCACGAGCGGGAAGCGCGAGCGAGAGAGCGAGAGCUUUGGGACCAACUACCGGAACCGGAAAUGAGAAGCGAAGGACUUUGAGAAAGUCUUGGUGUCCCAUGGUCGUGUCAUAUGAUGAGCAAAAUGAUUUACCUUUUUCAUUUCGUAACUGAAUUAAAAGUUUUCCGGUUUUCCAUACUCACCAUCCAACAGGGCGCGUGUGAAAUUCAAAACAUGAGUACUAAACAUUUAAUGCAUUAAGCACGCCCCUAAAUUGUAAGCUCUGAUUUGAUUACGUUUCUGCACAGGUGACCUGUACGUUCACGCAGAUCUUCAUGGCGCUACCAGUGUCGUAAUAAAGAACCCUACAGGCCAGCCCGUCCCUCCAAAGACCUUGAACGAGGCAGGAUGCAUGGCAGUGUCCUACAGCGCUGCCUGGGAAGCCAAGAUAGUGACGUCAGCAUGGUGGGUACAUCAAUCACAGGUGUCUAAAACAGCACCCACGGGAGAGUACCUCACCACAGGGAGCUUCAUGAUAAGGGGCAAAAAGAAUUUUUUACCGCCAUGUUACUUGAUGAUGGGCUUUGGAUUCAUGUUCAAAUUGGACGAAACUUGUAUUGAAAAUCACUUGAAUGAGAGACGAGUCCGAACUGUGGAAGAUACCGAGUCUGUCGGGGUGAGUUCACGAUGACUUGCAAUAUUAUUUACUUGCAUGUACCUUUAUUCAACACUUUCCGUCCCUUUGGUUUAUUGUUAUCCUUUGCUUGUCGUUAUCUUCGUGAACCUUGUUAGCCGCCCAAUAUCAACUCGUCGCUUCCCCCUCCUCGAGAUCAGCACCGUUGAGCGCCGACUUACCUUUUCUUCUCCGUUUCCAUGGUCACUAAGUAUGUUGUACCACAAGUGUUCUAGGUCUUCUGUUGGGUAUUGAUAGGAAUUUAACGGUUGCCUAAGAGUGAUUUCUGACUGGCUGCAUAAAUCCCGCGCCAAAUGCUCAACCAGUCAUGAGUAAUACAAAAGCACCCGUGACUAUUCACACUCGUUUUUCCCGCGCUUGCUCACUUUUUGAUGUGCGUCUAGUCUUGCAGUACGCAGCUGAACCGUUGUAACAUGUAACGUUGAAAUUACUUCUUUUAUACCACUACAUGAGAAAUUUCUGCAACUUGAUUGGCUUAGAGUAGUGGUAUUUCAGCUUAAUUUAAAAUACCUACAUGCGAAAAUUACAAACCUUUUGCGGUAGUAUAAACAAAUAACAGCAUAAUUUGUACGUGAUAUUUGGCAUAAAUACUACUUGUGAUAUUUCAAAAUUGUCUCUAAUUUCACUCGCCUAACGGAUUGUGAAAUUACGUACAACAAUUUUGAAACACCACUCGUGGCAUUUAUGCCAAAUACCACUUCUAAUCAUGUUAUUACCUAUACUAAUCGCGAGCGAACGACGGAACAAAAUAGUACUUAAUCCCCUUAACAGAUUGACAAAUACAACGUGAAUGUAAACAGUCCAAAUUCACUGUUGAAAUUUUGCUUCCUUAACCUUUUAAAGGACACAGAAGUCGAAGAAGAGAUUUCAGUGCAGGACGAGGAUAGUGACCGUGAGGAUAACGAUCAAACAAGCUCGGCUGUACAACAAGCAACACAUCUGGAAGAAGAUGAAAAUGCGGAGGCAAGUCUUUUCCCUGACACAAGCAUCGAUCUGCAGCUCACUAGAGAAGGAAAGUAAGUUUACAUACAGUCCCCUCUAACUAAUCUCGUAUCCAGAUCUUUUCGGUGUCGACGGUAUUGUCGGCAAGAGAUCUGGGUAGGAGAUGACCUUUAAAAUGAAGACGUGCAAAAUUUUCGUUUUUAUCAACUGAGUUGAGAAGGUGGAUUGCGCACCGCAAAGGGCUGAGAAGCUGAACUUUCGAGCGAUGGCCCUUCGUCAUUGCGAAUCCAAGGCUCUCGCUGUCUACGAUAGCUUUUGUUGGUAUAGAAUUGGCUGUGAUGUAGAUUGAUGGCGACCUGUUUCCUGCGAGGCAUGUACCGCCAGCUUUUACAAAUGCGGCGCUGGCUGGUUUGAUACUCGUCAAGUAGAUGUCCGAAAGUGUAGAAGUUAAGAUUAGAGAUUAACGCUCGAAACGCUGCCCUUUUUCUUGAUGGCUAAUGUUGCCUUAUCGCUUCUGUUGAUAAAACCGAAAUUGUUUAUAAAUUCUGACACGCUCUGUGUAGGACGCAUGGGAGCGGCCAAAGCCCUCAAGACCCGCGAUCAUGGGAUACAAAAACCCCCGUGCGUCGAGACGAGACACGUAGUAUUAAGGAUUUUAAUGGCAUGAAGUCAAAUCCUGUAAAGAAUGGUUUCUUUUCUAAACAGCUCUGACCAGGAACAAGUUAAGUACGUGUAAGCACAUCUUGUCCUGAGCUUCGUACAUCGAAUAGUAUCUGAUGAUUGAAUGGGAGGUCGGUGAAAGGCUGGGAAAAUAUAUACAUGUAAGCAGUGCGCUGCCACCGUGCUCGAGCUCAUAUUUAAAACACCUAUUUUUGACGAUUCAGGGACGCAUGGGACGGGAGAGUUCCUCUGCCUCCUCUUGUUAUAAGCGCAGUCUUUGAAUCUUGAAUCUGUUUUCCUAGAAUUCAACUUCAGCCGGGAACAAGUAGAAGUAGCAGUCGAAGAGACAGUGAAGACGGUGACGGUGCUCCACUGGAAGAAAAUAAACAGGUAUAGAUGAGCGAAAAAUGUUUGACCAUUAAUUGCGUGGCGGCUGGGUAGACGUUGUAUGUAAAAGGUGGAGGUUUCUUUCUCCGUACUUCUGUGUGGGGCUUAGUCAGCUUCAUGUUUAGUGUCAGCAAUAUGAUGUAUUUUCUGAUGAAUUCAAGGAAUAUCGUUACUUGUAAAAUUGUACAUCGUGUGCUUUUAUUGUUUAGUACAUGUCUGAAAAACAUAUAGAAUACUGCAGAACUUAACCGCGGCAGGUUUACUCCAGUCGGUGGUGCGCAUGACUGCGGAGCGGGAGGUCUUGGGUUUGAUUCCCGGGGCCGGUCCAAUUCUCAGGGUCUUUCACUGAGAAAUUAAAGUACCUCUUUUCUCUUGUAAGCGGCUAGGCCUUCACGUGGUCAGGAUGACCACGUAAAAUGGCGUUACCAUCUCCAGUAGGAUACGUAAAAUAGUGUCCGCAAUUAGUACCUUCGUGUUAAAUACAUGGACUCAAAUAAAGUGCUUUUCUUUAAAUCUCCAGAUUGCAAGUAAACAGCGCCUGUCAGCAAAACAAAGAAGGUAUCAUCCCUGCCACCUACACUGUUUAUUUUUAUCGUUUUCAGUAACAAAACCAACGAGGCUUUUUGUAGAAAACGCCAUUUUAAAACAGAGAGCUCUCUUGCUGGCUACCAAAUGAGCGCCGGCUGGUAGUCGAGCCCGCCGUCACAGAGCCUAUUGCAAGCUCUUAGGGCCUGUUUUCAUGGAGGUGGUGGACCCCAGAUAGGUGAGGUAACAUGUGGCGGGUCACCCCACCUAUCAUGUAAACGUGAUGUUUGAGAUUAUAUGGACAGGUGGUUUACACCUCUUAAGCGGGUUACCUCGCCUCGCUGGCCCCAGUUUUCACACGAGUCUUUACCCUUUCUGGCGCGCCCUAAUUGAGAGAUCGUUUCGAACUAACUUCGAAACAGGGAGAGGGAAUUAUUAAUUCAUCAGUCCUUGUUUGUGGUCCUUUUUGUUGUGUUUUAUGUGGUGUAGGUUCUGUGCUACGUUUUGACUAGAUAAGGUUUUUUUUUUCCUGUUAGCAUUGUGUUGAAAGUUACAUUUUAUUCACUGAGUUAAAUGUUUGACUCUUCAUGUAUAUUUCAAUUUCGUCUAAAUUCCCUGGCUCUUAUAGACUUCUUUUGUUUUUCUUAAAGAGACAACCGAAAGAAUGCCAAACAAAGCGGAGGGGAUUCUCUGGCGGAGGUUGACGAUCAAGACGAGAACAUUGAAGACAGACGAGGAGACGCACAGGAAAAUAAGGUACGUCUGACAUUGGUUCAUCGAGAAAAGACGACUGGAAAUACGUCUUUACGAUUUGCAAGCCUUUCUCGUUUCACUUUACGGUGAUUAUUCGUUCACAUCUGUCCACCCGAGUUUGAUAUUUAUUCCAUUUACGAACUUACCCAAACUAUAGACUGUUUACGAUGUUCUUUUUCUACAGAAAUCUAGUAAAGCAAGUCAACAGCAGCAGCAGCAACAACAACAACACCAACAACAACAAGCGAAGAGAGGAAAAAAGGUAGAUAUUAACUAGGCCUGCCUCAGGGAGCAGAACUGCAAUUCUCGUGCUUCCAGUCAGCCACAAUUUGAAGUGUUUCUCGCUUCUCGCUCAUUAGCAUUUUUUGCAUGAAAAAAUUAUAUUUUUGUGAUUUGCAACACCUGCUAGCUUAUUAGUUCGCACUGCAUCGGAACUAGACUCUGACUAGACUCCAGUUGUAUAGCAAUUUCGGUUGUGCUUUCAAGUAGCGUACGUUAUUUAGUGUCUUGUAAUGUGAACUAAAAUUGCUUUUCUGGUCUUUAACAGGCAAAACUUAAAAAGAUUAAGGAAAAAUAUGGCGAACAGGAUGAAGAAGAAAGACAGAUGAAGAUGGAAAUAUUGGCGGUAAAAACUUUUCUUUUUUUUUCUAUAGCUUGUUUCGAAGCUCCUUUUUCUAUUCCGGUUAUAAUCCCCCUCGGAUAUAAGCUCCUCCGUUUAUAAGCCCUCCUAAAACCCCUUGCGAAGAUGUAUAGGACCAGAGCUUAUAAGCGGCAGUUUACGAUAUUCAUAAUCCCCCUCGGAUAUAAGCUCCUCCGUUUAUAAGCCCUCCUAAACCCCUUGUGAAGAUAUAUACGUCCAGUGCUUAUAGGCUGGUGUUCUCAGUCGUUUCUCCUGACAUAUUCGUUUGUGUUUAAGUCUGCUGGUCCUGCAAAGGAGAGCAAAGCCGACAAAAGGAAGAAAGAAAAGAAGGGUAACAGAGCAGGAGGAGCCAACAGGCCGGUCAGCAGUAAACCCAACAACAGAAACACACAGUCAACCAGUGCUCAGUCAGAACAAAACAAGGGACUCUUAGAUCCGGAAAAAAACGGACAAGCUACGAAGGUGCUCGGCAAGACGAGUGAAAAUGAACUAGACUUUCCGGAUAAUGCUGCCGGUGAUCCAGGAAAUAACGGACAAGCUACAGAGGUGCUCGGAAAGACGAGUGAAAAUGAACGACACUUUCCGGAUCAUGCUGCCAGUGCUAAUCGCGAAAGUGGACCGAGUGAAAACAGCAAUGAAAGUAAAAUUAAUGACUAUGAAAGAACAAAUGAAGGCGAAGCGUCUUUAGGGAAACCUAGCCAGGAUGGCGAUGAAAAGAAUCUUUCAAGCGCUGCAGAACAUACAAAGAAGGAAAAAGACAAUGCUGGGGUUGUGAAGACUGAAGGUACGGAAUGGAGUUUUGCUGAACUGGGUUUUACGAUUAAUAAUGUAUAUGACGGUAGGUUCGUCGUCCAUGUUUGCUUCUUUAAAAAUAGGCACUAAUUUCUUUUUAUAAUCUUGUGAGAAAGGUUUUAAAAGGUGGUUACUAUCUCAUGUAUUAUGAGACAAGGAGAACAUAAAUAUCGUGAUAUAGAUCUACUGAGAUCACCAUUCGCGAUAGAACAUGAAUUCUAGUUUGUGCGUGUUGUUCAAGAGCGUUUGUUUUAGUUUGCAAUUGAGUAUAUCUCUUCGUUUUGUAGGCGCCACUACUUCCCUUAAUGAAAACGAUCCUAAUAUGGUGAGUAUACAGUCGUACUUGGUUCCUUGAAUUUGAUACGUCUUCGAACUCGUGAAGUCGCUUUUGUUUAUGGCUUUUCCUUGUUUUUGAUCUAAUCUAGGUUGGUUCGGAUGAGGAAGCAGAAGAUCUGGCCACAAAGGUAUGCAUGCUGUUCUUUCCGUAAUGUAUGAUAGGAGCUUCUCAAACUCAUGGAUAGUUCAUAUAGAGAAAAAAUCUAACAAAAGAAAUGCUUAAGUUUACUCCAUGACAUCCGAUCUAUUUUCGUACCUACCGAGAAAUCAGUUCGGUACAACGAGAACAGGCUCCCUAUGAAAGCCAACGCCGCCCCUCCAAGUUGUCGCUACUCGCGAGAACGCCAACGCGAAAGCUGGCAUCAAACCACAACAAGAGAGCCCGCGUGUGACCAAAAAUCCCCCCCCACCCCUCAAAAGAUGAAUUGUUGGCCCUUAAAAGAAGAUAACAUGUACCGACCAGCUAAACCAAAGAUUUUCAGAUGAGAAAAUAACUGCAUCAUGUUUCUGGCCGAAAGAGCACUUACAAGUUCGUCUUUUAGGUCAUUGUGUUACAACAGACAAAGUGCAACAUUUUAAUGCAACAGUACUUCUGGAGUUAAUGUUAUGGUUAAUUGUUACAAUGAAAGAUAAAGACAGAAUAUUCACAUUUCAGUAUCACAAUCAUUGUGAAUACUGCAAGUAAUAUAAGAAAAAAUUGUAAAUUCUUCUUGAAAGUUUAUUGAUCAUAAUAGUUUUAAUAUGAUUAUGCAACAUUUUCUGAGUUGAAAAAAUAAACGAAGUGCUUCUUCAUGGUUUGAUGGAUAAUGAAGCCCUCUUCUUCCAUCACAUAAUGAAAAUAUUCCUGAAAGACAUUUUCUUCUUCUUCGUAGGCACAUUUGCUUUCCAUUUCUAAGAUUUUGUCCCUGGAAACAGGUACAGAGCAGUCGAAAGCAACUGAUUCUUCAGGUAGUUGAAACAACACAUCGGGAACUCCUCCAACUGUGUCAUGCCUCGAUGGUCUAAUGUGAUGUGUAUUCCAGUAUAGUUUCAUUUUAUCUAGUUCCUGCUGCAAAAUACCAUGAAAACAAAACCACAGACAUUCUUUAUGGGUUUCGUUUGCAAUAUCAACCCGCCCACUAUCUAACAGGUCUUUGAAAAACUGAAUCCACCAACUGGAAGAGGACUUCCAAUAGUGAGACCACCAGUUCUCUACUCUUUGAUUGCCAGUUGAUGUUCCAUAGAUAUGGGCAGACUCCCUGAGUGUGGUGCACUGUCUUCUGAUCGAAAGUAACACUGCAUGGCAGCUAUAAUGCCAUUUUCAGUACCACAAUCUGUUCUGGUUUGUAAGGGACAGAAACCAUGCUCCUUAACACAUUCUAAGUAAUACCUUGCAGUAAUUUCAGGGAGAUUGUUGGACCUUUCUAACUCCACCCAUAGAACCUUUCUGCUGUACCCAUCCACGCCUGCAUGAAUUGGAAAUCCAAAUGGUUUCAACUUGUCGUAACCUGUAAAAAGUGUUCACAAAUGCCUUAUUCCAAGACAGCAAAAUUACUUCACACAUCAACAUAAAAAAAAAUUAUCCUUUUUCCCUCAAUAUGUAAUAACGAUUAUGGUAAUGAUCAUGACAAUAAGGAUCCACUUCACACAGGACCUUACUAAAAAUAAUACAAUACUACAUGUGUAAAAUUUUGUUAAGCUACUACAUGCCAAAGCAAAAGAUGCCAAUAAAUCAGUUCUGGCCCUAAUUCUGUUAUGCAAUGUGAUUCUCUUGGGAGAGGGUCCAGGCUGGCACAAUAUUGUCUAUGCAUGCUUAAAAAGCAGCAAAACAAAAAACUGAUCAAAAGACAAGCAUCCACAGACAAUAAGUUCCCAGACCCUCUACCCUCAAAGUCAGUAGCACUACAUGAUAGAGAUGCAGUAAAAAAAAUCACACUUUCUUGUGAACAUAUCAAAUCAAAGUUAUGGAAGAAGGGCUGAGAAACACAUCAUUGCAAUAUAAAACAAAAAGUGCCAUCAAUUUGCUUGGCUUGUGUUUUGCGAACAUAGGAAGUAUUGAGUUGAGACAAACACUACUUUGUUCUAUGCAUUUCAUUCAUGCUCUUAUGACUUCGUACAAAUAUUACUAAACUUACCAUCGAUGUGCCAGCAUUGAUUUGGCCCAUGGGAUAGAUAGUGCCGUCGUUUGAGCUUCUUUUUCUUUCUCAAACUACUUGCCUCAGGAUCAAGAUCAUGCAAGAUUUGUGCAACCAUGUUACGUGGGACGUGCAUAUUGGUUCGUCCGGACACAAACGGUAAAUGCACUGUAACAGGAACCGGUAUGAUGGUAUCCUAAAAAUUCUGUGCUGCGUCUCUUUUUGUAACCCACCUCUCGGGAUGUAGGAUUAAUAACAACGCGUCUCGUGUUUAGUACUUGUUUAAGUCUUGAUUAUCUGCUGUUGAUUUAUACCAUUUUUUUUUCUUUUUGUAGGAAUCCGUAUCUCUCCUUGAUUCUUUGACAGGUUGUCCCAUUUCUGAAGAUAUUCUAUUGUUUGCAGUUCCUGUCUGUGCACCAUACACGGCUGUUCAAAAUUUCAAGUAAGCCACUUGUUUUUUCCCCUGGAUCUGCAGCGCACUUUUUCCCGUUAUGCUUCUUUCCGGAAAGUGGUCUCCCUUGUAGCUGGUAGAAGUAGCAGUGAAGCAAAGAAAUCUCUCGAGGAGACGGGGAAGGGGCACGGGGAACCCUAAACCAAGGAAAAAAUAACCCGGGGUUAGGGGAGAGUUCCCGCCAUCAACCGGAGGUGCAGAGGCCUUUUUUCCUGUUAACAUGCUUUGGUGCUACCAAAUUUGUAUUCCUAAGUGUCUUUACCCUUAUUAAGAUGAUCUGCCCGAUCAUUCGGGUAAAGCCACUGCCAAGCGUCAAAUCCGGUUGGCGUUCAUCGCCCAAAGACGUCUUUUCUUAACUAGGCACUGGAAGCCUGUUUUCCCUCUGUUAUUUUUUAAGUUUGGCGUUUGUGGUUUUAAUUUAGUUAUUUACACGGGCGAAUUCAACAUACCGUUGAGGCUAAUUAUUUCCGCACUUCCUGGUCGUUUCAUAUGACUUUCUAGAAGACACAGAAAUUCCGUUCAACGCACUCAAACGCGUUAAUUUGGGUUAAAAUUAUCUUAGUCAUAGGUGCAUUAACGGGAUGCCACCUCUUGGCCCCUUCACUGCAGGAUACUUCACGACUACAUUCAUUACAUGACACUCUCUCGAUUCCAACAGGUAUAAAGUAAAACUCACUCCAGGAACAGCUCGCAGAGGAAAAGGUAAGACGUCUGGCUCAUAAAGUUACCAGAAACUAAUUUCUCCUUUCAAUUUCCCCGACUGAGGUUUUAAGCACCUUACGGUGAAGAGAGGCCAAAGCAGAAAAGAAAACAAGCAAACAUACAAAGAAAAAAAACAGAUCAUCAGGCGAACAAAAUAUUUCUCCGUUCCUGAUUGGUUUAAAUCCUCGGCUAGUUCUUAAUAACCAGCUAUUGUUGAAGCCGGACCAACGACGAUAUUUUAAAAUUCAUACUUGGCUACGAUGCGUAGGGGAAUGAAACAAAAGAAAUAUAUUAUUCAUUGUUUAACCUCAAGAUUGAUUCUGUUGUUUUACUCCUUCAAGCCUCGGAGGCAAGUAAGAUUUUAAUGCAUCGAAAUUGGUCUUAUGUCACUCUAGACACAAGAAAGGAGACUAGGUCGAGUUAACGUUCGCAAAGACUUAUGGGAAUGUUUCUAGGGAUUGGCCAAUAGCUAACCUGCACUUCCCCAGUAACAAUCCCAGAAACAAUUGCGGGACGCAUUUUGGCUCCAGUUGCCAUCUUCUUACUAAAGUGGCGAAUCGUAAAACAGUAGACUGAAAUGUUACGUGUAAACGAAAAGGCAACGCGCGGUGUCUCUGCUGUUUUAGCGAGAAUAUGGUGUACGCUUUGCAAAGACAAAGUAGCCUAUUAACUGCCUCAGAAACAAAGUGAAGUUGAACAAAGUACCGCUUGAUGGAUGGAAACGUCUCUGUGAAGUGUGAAUACAAAAUAAAACGUCCGUUCAUAUCCUUAAACUAUCUAAUAACAUGCAAAUGUUGUGAAGGCGGAAAUUCCGUAUAGAGGAAAACAUGGUUUGAGCUUGGAAUAUUUUAGCCCGACAAAACAGCCAACUUUCCGCGACGCCCCCACUGGUUUCCCCGCGAAAUUACUUGUGAGAAAUGAACGCAGAAAUUCCAUUCUGAAGAAGCGUCACUACCCAGAUCUAGGUUAUGCUUCUGAUAGAUCGUGCCGCGUGGGGAAUUUCCUUCAACCAAUCAGAAGCACUACCGAGAUCUGGGUAGUGACGCGUAAUCAGUAUGGAAUUUUUGCUUUUAUUUCUCAGACGUCAUUUCGCAGGGAAACCAGUGAUGGCAUAUUUUGACUGAAUGAUAAAUCAAUUAUUGAAUUCGGCUUCCGUAUGAUAUGAAGAAUUAUCCAGUAAUCAGAGGGUGUUUUAUGCCCUCGACAGUUAACACUUUACGGACGCUGGGGAACUGCCCACCUACCCCUCCCCUAAGCCAUCAUUUUGCCUUAAGUGAGAAGUAAGUGUUAAUGUUAGCUUAGGGAAGGGGUAAGUUGGCAGUUUCCGUGCAUAAUGUCAUCCUACCAUACUCAGUUAUAUCGAUUACAGUUAGAUAUCACCAACUAAUUAAACAUCUUCUUGCUAUUUUUAGCGGCCAAAACUGCGUUGGGCACUUUCUUAUUUUCAAAAGAAGCAACCCAGCUUGAAAAAGAUUUGAUCAAGAGUUUGAAGGUAAGAGAUAUAGUUAGCCCUUAUCCUGAAAAAACAGCCGACAUUUCGAGACGCCACCACUGGUGUAACCCGCCAAGUGAUAAAAAAAAAAAUACCGCGUCACGACAUUUCGCGACGUUACCACUGGUUUCAAUCCCUACCCAAAUCUCGGUAGUGAAAGACCCUCAGACGUCAAAACGAGCGCAGAAAUUCCAAAGAAAUACCGUCCGACAGCCCAGUGCUAGUGGAUUUUGCUAUCGGGUCACUAUUCUGAUUUUAACUUGCCCGACGGGCUUGAUGAUUGGUUGAAUAACAGAAGAACAAAAAUUUGCUAGUUUGACAUCUGGGCAAUCAGAAUGACAAGCAGUAAAAAUGAUUUUCUUUGCACCUUGUGUCGGCUGGUUUUUUUCAGGUUAUACAGCCCUCAGCUCGUCUAGAUCUCCCUUGAUCCUCUAAACUCACGUAGUGGACUAAAGGUGAUGUUACACGCGACGAUUCUCAACGACGAUUUUGAGCGCAUCACAGCGUAGCAAUGUUGGAACAGUGUUACAACCAUUCGAAACAAUGUCGCAACAAUGUUGUAAUGCUGCUUUGCGCUAAAAAUCGUCGUACGGUUGCGAAUCGCCCCGUAUAACAUCACCUUAACGCUAUUUCGAUUUGGCAGUCACGUGCAAUUUGUGUAUAUUAUUUUGUCAGCUAAAAUGUCUCAGAGGAAAGCAAUCAGCUGGGUUCAGUCUAUCAAAAUCAAAGCGCAAUCUUACUUGAUUUUCAUAUCUUAAAUAAAGACAAUGCGUUCCAAAUUUGAUUUUGAUGAUAAAUUAAUCUGCAAGUACAGUCGCCUCUUUUUGCUUACCGUCAAGAGGAACGAAUCGCAAAAUGUCCGUAGCAGGGAGCGAUGAAACAGAGGUGUCUUUAUCUGCAGGCUGUGUGUUAAAAACUAUAGAGUUUUCUUUCAGAAACUGAAAAAAAAAGGUGAAUUUGUUUUGUUCCUUUUUUUCUUUAGGACAACGACCUUUCACGCUAUAUUCCAGGAAAAGUAAAAGUUUCAGCGCCAAACCUACAGAAAAACAAGAAAAAAUAAAAUUGGAACAAAUUUA